AUGGCCCCAGUUCGUCGCUAUCUUAGGAUAUCUAAGUAUUCAGUACUUGAGUGCCGAAUAUAUCUGGACAAUCCCGCUCUUGCCCAAUCAUGGCUGCUCAACCCCCGGAAUCCCAUAUUACCCAAGGUCAUCGAGAGCAUCCGUCCUCUAGUACUACCAAAGCUUCGUGAGGAGAAAGAGAGAAGCAAGAAGAAGGGCAAAAAGAAGAGUGUCAAGGAUGUCGUGGUUUCAGACGAGUUUGAGGUCUCCAUCUUCUUGACAGAAACAAGCACUAGACAUUCUCUUCUAUACAAGACCAAACACUUCAGGGAUAAGCUACCACUGAAAAUGGAAUCCAAUUCGUCCAAGCUCAUCGGCGAAACAGACAGUAUCCCAGUUGAUGUUGACGACGAGUAUCGGGCGCCAGUCUUACAAGAAGAGGACGAUGAUGAGGUGAGACUGGCCGAUAUUCCCAUCGUCGAAACAACGACACGGCGGAGUAAGCGCCAGAGAGGGAUGUUAAAUCCGGGACAAGACGACGAUGAGGCUUUUGAAGAUGAUGAAACAGCGUCAGCUAUCGAAAUCGACUCUGAUACGGAGGCACCCCCACACAAAAGGCACAGGGCCCAGGAGAACGACGGUCUCGAUGGCGGCGACGACAAGAAGAAGCUAGCCAUGGAUGUGUCAUAUGAGGGGUUCGCAAUCUACGGUCAAGUGUUGUGCCUCGUGGUCAAGAAAAGAGCGAGUGCUGCAGCUAGUAGUGCUGGGGGUGCAAAAAGCCGACCAGAAGGCCAGGCUAUGAUGGAGAACUGGAUCUCGUCGACCCAAAUGCCAGUUGGUGAGGACAUUCCAUAA